AUGCCCACAGAGGAUAUCCCUGUUUACCUCUCUAGUCAUAGAGGUGCCCAUAAGCAGUGGCACAUCGCCAGUCUAACACGUAAACACAUGGUUCCAGUCACAAAAUCCAAAAAGCACCUGGAGAUCAAUCCUGACCACCCCAUUGUGGAGACCCUGCGGCAGAAGGCAGAGGCAGACAAGAAUGACAAGGCUGUCAAGGACCUGGUGGUGCUGCUGUUCGAAACUGCACUGCUCUCUUCCGGCUUCUCGCUUGAGGAUCCCCAGACCCACUCCAGCCGCAUCUACCGCAUGAUCAAGCUAGGCUUGGGCACUGAUGAAGAUGAAGUGACAGCAGAGGAGCCCAGUACUGCUGUUCCUGAUGAUCCCCCCCUUGAGGGUGAUGAGGAUGCCUCUCGCAUGGAAGAAGUAGAUUAGGAAUUUCUACCUGCAGACUUUGUUCCCUCUGUACAGUGUCCCCAUGGCUCCCCCAGCAGCAGCCCCAGUGGCCUUGGCCCACUUGGUUCCUUCGGCUGAUGUCUAGUGGUUUUAUUUCUGUCCUUCUGUCUAAGGCAGGAUAUAAGGGCCUCAAGCCCUAUUCCUUUCCACAUUUGACAAGGGGUUUGAAUGUUGUGUAUUGUGUUUUUUUGUUUGUUUUGUUCUGAAAUUAAAGUAUGCAAAAUAAAGAUGAUGCAGGUUUUUUAUUAAAAAAAA